GUCGCAAAUGGCAGGUGAAGGUGAAGAGAUGGUGAAGAACAAGCAGGUGAUAUUCAGAGACUAUGUGACUGGUUUUCCCAGUGAAUCAGACAUGUAUAUCUCCAGCAGUAGCUUGAGCUUGAAGGUCCCAGAAGGCUCAAGGUCUGUUCUUGUGAAGAAUCUUUACUUGUCCUGUGAUCCGUACAUGAGAAUUUUGAUGGAAAAAGUUGAAGCUAACAGGGAUUUCGCUUCCCUAACUCCUGGCUCUCCAGUAACUGGACUUGGAGUGGCUAAAGUUGUGGUUUCAGACCACCCAGAAUUUAAGAAAGGUGACUUAGUUUGGGGGCCAACGGGAUGGGAAGAGUACAGCCUCAUAAAAAAACCAGAAGCCCUUUUCAAAAUCCAUCACACUGAUGUGCCUCUCAGUUAUUAUACAGGAAUUCUUGGGAUGCCUGGAGUGACAGCUUGGGCUGGUUUCUAUGAAGUGUGCUCUCCUAAGAAAGGAGAAAGUGUGUAUAUUUCUGCAGCAUCAGGUGCCGUUGGUCAGCUUGUGGGGCAAUUUGCUAAGUUGAUGGGUUGCUAUGUUGUUGGAAGUGCUGGAAGUAAAGAAAAGGUUGAACUCCUGAAGAACAAGUUUGGAUUUGAUGAAGCUUUCAAUUACAAGGAGGAGCAUGACGUGGAUGCAGCUUCGAAAAGGUACUUCCCGGAAGGCAUUGAUAUCUACUUCGAAAACGUGGGGGGCAAAAUGCUGGAUGCAGUUCUCAUAAACAUGAGAGUCAAUGGACGCAUCGCAGUGUGCGGCAUGAUCUCACAGUACAAUCUUAAGCAACCUGAGGGCGUCCAUAAUCUGAUGCACAUUAUUCCCAACAGGGUUCGCAUUAAAGGGUUUGCGGCUUUCGAUUAUUACGGCCAAUACUCACAGUUUCUUGACCAGGUGCUGCCCAUGAUCCGAGAAGGCAAGAUUGUGUACGUGGAAGACAUAGUUGAGGGCCUGGAAAAUGCACCUGGAGCUUUGAUAGGAUUGUUCACUGGCAGGAAUUUUGGGAAGCAAGUAGUUCUUGUUGCCAAUGAGUGACUGGUUUUAGCCAAGCCAGAAAUAAAGAAUAUAUUAAAAUAAAAAUAAAAUAUAAAGAGAUCUAUGAAGAAAUAAUAAUAUUUAAAAAGGAUUACUGUAUCCACGGUCCACCACGUUUGAGGCUUCUGAACUUGUUUUAGACUCCUAAAAUGUGUUCAUUUUCUAUGCAUUUGUAUUUCUAUUGUGUUUGUUAUGUUAUUGGAGGCUAUGAAACCA